AUGCCUCUCGACGACGACGACAACCCCGCCCUCACCGGCUCUUUCCCCCCCUCCUCCUCCCCCAUCACCACCGCCGGCGCCGGCGGGGCCGCGCAGCAGCUGCGGUUCCGCAAGGCGGCGGGCGUGUCGGCGCAGACGAUCCGCAAGGGCGAGAAGGACUUCGAGGAGCACGGGACGCGCGCGCAGGCGGACGCGCUGGAGCGCAGCCGUGCCGCGAUGCACGACGUGCUCAGCUACACGCGUGUGCACGGGGGGCAGAAGGGCGCCGUGGCGAGGGGGUGGGUGUUUGCGGAUUGGUGGGAGGGGUUUCGUGAGGAGGUGGAGGAGGAGGAGGAGGAGGCCCCCCGGGGGAAGGAUGGGGAUCGGAGUUCCCGGGGUGAGGGCGGGAGGGAAAAGGAGAAGGAGAAGAAGCCGUAUGGGCAUAUCAGGGACAGGGUGGUUGUGCUGGAAGGGCCGUCGCCCGCGAGUCACAGCCUUGGGAGGGCGGUUACGGGGCAGGCAAAGGAUAGGCCUGCGAGGGGAAAGGAUUGGUUGUUGCCGGAGGAGGCGCUGUAUCUGGUGGAGAGGGGCUCCCUAGACCUCUGGUGGCCGCUGAAGAGGCUGGAGGAGAUAUUCCCCCUUGAGGGCACGGCAACCGCCAAGGGUGAGGGGGAAGCAGCGGACGACGCGGACGAGUACGAGCUGGGCUUCCCGCUGAGCCUUCAGGCGGCGUACGCGCUGCUCAUCGGCAACGACGGCGAGCGCGGCAAGAUCAGCCUGCAAAAGUUUCAGGUUUACUCCAACCUCAAGCGGUGCGGGUACAACGUCCUGCGCGCGCCACCUGUCCGGCGACAGCCGGCAGCUCCUCCUUCAGCCCCAACAACGGCGACCCUCUGGCAAUGGUUCACCUCCCUGCUGACCCGCUCGCCCCAUCACCCACCCUACGGACCGCUCGUCCAGCCAGGCCUCUACCGCUCCUACGCCUCCAUCUACCGCCAGAUGGCCCUCCUCCCACGGCACAAACCCUCAGCCACCACCACCGCCAACCCAACAACAACAACAUCACCCACGCGCGACCCGUUCACAAUCCACUUCCACAUCUGGAAGGCCGCGCAGAAGUGGACCAAGCUCCGCCACCCGCCGCCGGACUUCCACCUGGCGGUCGUCGACGCGCAGCAGACGGCCGUGCCCGCGCUGGGCGAGAUCGGCGCGCUGCUGGCCGCCACGCCGCCCGCGCCACCCUCCAGACCCGAGUGGGCCGGGCCGGGCCGGCUGUACGCGCGCCUCAAGCACGGCCACCGCAACGUGCUCGUCGCCGUCGUCGACCACGGCGUGAUCAAUUACAUGCGCUUUGCGGAGGCCGCGUUCGGGGAGGAGCCGCUUUACCCCCGGUUCGAUGGUCGCGGUGGGGGGAAAGGUGGUGGUGGUGGGGGGAAGAAGGGUGGGGGCGGGAAUGGGAGGGGCGGAAAGGGCGGCGGAAGGGGAGGGGGAAAGGGAAAGGGUAAGGGACGGUGA